AUGGAAAACGACGUACAUCAGGGUUCUGCACAGGAGAAUUCCUCUGAAGUUCCUUCUCUCAUCAAGUAUAUAUCAUCAAAUAAAGUGGCCGGCUUUGACGACGCUAGCUCGGCAAGCUUGAUCAAUAUCAAUGAUCAGUCAACUGAAUCUCAAUCUCUCAGUUCAUCUGCCACUGGAACUGAAAUAACUAAUUUUGAUAACCAGGGCGAUGAAACUGAACCCAUCUACCAUCAUAAAAGGGUGGAGUCUAUUUCUAUCAGCAUGCCUUCAUCUCCAGUGGGAGUUCACUUACAGACUCCAAGAAGAGUUAUCUUCAGUGGCGAAACCAUUUUUAAGCGUGGGAUUCCAGAUCAUGAUUCUCGUGUAUCCAAGACUGAACCACUAAAACCGCCAAAACAUCAUUUUCAACCAAUUCUAAGAGGCGCUGCAUAUGAUAAGUCAAUCAAUGAUGGACAAAUAUUUGCCUAUCACCAAAAUAUUAGAAGGUUGAAGGACAAGAGAUAUGAUUCUUUCAAAACAUGGUCUGGGAGACUUGAAAGGCAGAUCACACUACUGCGUGGAAAGCCAACACUAGAUUCUAGACCCGACGAUGAUACAGUGCAGAGUAGAGAAGUUGAGAGAAAUUUACCUGUGGACCGCUACUUCGAUGCCUUGGAAGGGCCAGAGCUGGAAACCCUGAAGGCUUCAGAGGAAAUGGUGCUUCCUCAUGACAAGAUAUGGCCGUUUCUUCUACGUUAUCCUAUCUCUUCAUUUGGUAUCUGUCUUGGCGUUAGCAGCCAGGCAAUUAUGUGGAAAGCCCUGGCCACCUCUUCCUCCACAAAAUUUCUUCACAUAAGCCUGACAGUAAAUCUCGUUUUAUGGUGCAUUUCUAUUGCUCUUAUAGCCACUGUUACUUCCAUCUACCUUUUAAAAGUAAUUGUCUACUUCGAAGCAGUUCGGCGUGAAUACUACCACCCUAUCCGUAUCAACUUCUUCUUUGCCCCAUGGAUAUCCCUAUUGUUCUUAGCUCUUGGAGUGCCGCCUCUAGUUGCUAACAACCUGCCUUCAGCUCUUUGGUAUGUUCUCAUGGCACCAAUAUUCUGUCUUGAGCUUAAGAUCUAUGGACAGUGGAUGUCAGGAGGCCAAAGGAGGCUAUCGAAGGUCGCAAAUCCUUCAAACCAUCUUUCUGUAGUUGGAAAUUUUGUUGGUGCAUUACUGGGUGCAUCAAUGGGGCUAAAAGAAGGUCCUAUCUUCUUCUUUGCCAUUGGUUUGGCUCACUACGCGGUCCUAUUUGUAACUCUCUACCAGAGACUUCCAACAAAUGAUACACUCCCGAAAGAGCUUCAUCCGGUAUUCUUUCUGUUUGUGGCAGCACCAAGCGUUGCUUCAAUGGCAUGGGCAAAGAUUCAAGGCACCUUUGAUUAUGGUUCACGGAUUGCUUACUUCAUCUCCCUGUUCCUUUAUUUCUCACUGGCAGUUCGGCUCAAUUUCUUCAGAGGGUUCAAGUUCUCAAUAGCAUGGUGGGCCUACACUUUCCCAAUGACUGGUGCUGCCAUUGCAACCAUCAGGUACUCAAAUGAAGUCAAAAGUAUCUUGACCCAAGCUCUAUCUGUCAUACUCUCUUCCGCUGCUACGCUUACAGUGACGGGCCUGCUUAUAACAACCAUUUUGCAUGCCUUUGUUCUACGAGACCUUUUCCCUAAUGACAUUGCCAUUGCCAUCAGUGACAAAAGGCCAAAAACAAUGAGAAAGUGGUUCCAUCUAAGACGUAGUAGCUCAGAUUCCAGAGAUGUAGAGAAUUUCUUAAAAUUUUCAGGCUCAAAUAGCAACGAUUUAGAAGCCUCUCUAAAAUCUUCAAGCUCUCAACGUAGAGAAUCUUAA